AUGCAGCUUGUUGCAGCCUGUUCUGGAAUACCGGCAGAGAAACUGGAGGCCCGCUACAGGCUGGAGGCAGAAGCAAAUGACUUUAGUGACAACCUCUUCGAUGAGAAGGAUUUGCCGGUGCUUGAGGAGGAUGUUGACGCGGUUGAGGCAUGCGAGGCUGAGUUGUCAGAGGAUAGAACUGAGACAGGAUUCAAGAGCGUGCUGAAGGAAAUCAACGAAGUCGCAGCCGCAGAGGCCAAUGGUGAGCAGGAGGCCGCUGACAUGCCUGACCCGGAUUUGGGUCUUCCUGAUGGAGAGCAGCUGAUUGCGUUGACUUCGCUGGACGUGUCACAAGAUGAUCAAGAACCCGACAAGGCUUGCAAAACUAU